GUUUAUCGUUUAGGUUAAAACGAUAAUGUUCUAGUAUAAUGAUAUAAUUUAUAAUAUUAUAUUUCCAAAUAAUCAUUUCUCUUAACCCGUUCAUUAAUAAUGGUCUUCAAUAUUAAUGGAAAGUUUGCAGUUAUUACAGGAGGAGCGUCUGGAAUCGGUUUACAUUAUGCUAAGGAACUUUUAAGAAACGGCCUUCAGGGCAUAACUCUUGCAGAUAUAAAUCCAACUAUAGGCAAAACGGCAUUGGAGGAAAUAGAAAAAGAAUUUGGACCUGGGAAAGCAAUUUUUGUUGAAACUGAUGUUACAAGUAGACAACAAUUCGAAAAUGCUUUUCAAAAGACCGUGGACAGAUUUAAACAUAUCGAUAUUCUAAUCAAUAAUGCUGGGAUUUUGAAUGAUAGAGUUUGGGAACGAGAAAUUGAUAUAAAUAUGAAUGGGACAAUUCACGGUAUCCUAUUAGCUACAGAGAAAUUCUUGACAAAAUAUCAACAAGGACCCGAAGCAGUUAUAGUAAACAUCGCUUCGACUGCAGCUUGGGACUUCUAUCCGCAUAUCCCAAUUUAUUCAGCCACUAAAUCAGCCGUGAUUGCUUUGACGAAAUCGUGGGGUGUCGAACAUUUUUAUAACAAAUGGAAUAUAAGAUUCAUCGCCAUUUGCCCGGGAAUAACAUUUACCCCGUUAAUUUUCGAUAUGAGUGGGAGAAAUUUAGGUAAACCUUAUGAGGAACAUCUACAGUUUACUAUAAAUAAAUGGCCUGGUCAAAAACCAGAACACGUGGCGGAAGAAGUGAUGAGGGUUAUUAAGUUCGCUCCGAACGGAACCGCUUGGUUGAUAGAAGGUGGCGAACCAGCUUACGAAGUUAUCCCAAUAGACAGAAAUACCCAGAAAAAAAAUUUAUUACAGGAAAAUUAAAAAGUUAUUAUUACUUUUGAA